AGGAGAAUGCUUAGCGGCCUCCUCCAAGCCUCCGCAGGGGAAGGAUAGCCAAGCUGGACUGCCCUUCGCCUCCCCGGGAAUGGGGCAGGGCAGAUCGGCUGGAGGCGGCUGCGGGCAGUGCGGUCGCUGUAACCCCGCCUUUAGCACCCUGCAGGGGUGGAGCCUGAGCGUAGAGCCCGUGAGCGGCCCUCGCUCCCCGGAUGACGAGGAGCCGAAUAACAUGGAGUCGGGCAAGAUGGCGCCUCCCAAGAACGCUCCGAGAGAUGCCCUGGUGAUGGCACAGAUCCUGAAGGAUAUGGGAAUUACAGAGUACGAACCAAGGGUUAUAAAUCAAAUGCUGGAAUUUGCUUUCCGAUAUGUGACUACAAUUCUGGAUGAUGCAAAAAUGUAUUCAAGCCAUGCUAAGAAAGCUAAUGUUGAUGCAGAUGACGUGAGACUGGCAAUCCAGUAUCGUGCUGACCAGUCUUUUACCUCUCCUCCCCCAAGAGAUUUUUUACUGGAUAUUGCAAGGCAAAAAAAUCAAACCCCCUUACCACUGAUUAAGCCAUAUGCAGGACCCAGACUGCCACCUGACAGAUACUGCUUAACAGCUCCAAACUAUAGGCUGAAGUCCUUAAUUAAAAAGGGACCUAACCAAGGAAGACUAGUUCCACGGUUAAGUGUUGGUGCUGUUAGUAGCAGACCUACCACUCCUACUAUAGGCACCCCACAAACUGUGUCUGCCCCAAAUAAAGUUGCACCUCCAGUGUCAGUGACGAGCCAAAGAUUUACCGUGCAGAUUCCACCUUCUCAGUCCACACCUGUCAAACCAGUUCCUGCAACAACUGCAGUUCAAAAUGUUCUGAUUAAUCCUUCAAUGAUUGGGCCUAAAAAUAUUCUUAUUACCACCAACAUGGUUUCAUCACAGAAUACGGCCAAUGAAUCAAACCCACUGAAGAGAAAACAUGAAGACAAUGACAACAAUGAUACUAUGUAAGGAAUAUAUAGUCUAGUCUAGAUGGAUUUCAAACAUGUAGUUGGUUUUGAGCCCAGUAUACUAAACUAGAAAAAACAUUCUAAAUCUCACAUUUUCUUAUAAAGCUUAAAUGUACCUGCAAUUUUUUCACAUUAAACUAUUAGAUUCUUUAAGGGUACCAAUGUUUUUCAUUAAGCUCCCAGUAUAAAAAAGUACUUUUUUCCUUAUAAUUUCAUUAAUGUUGAAUCGUACCAGGGCAAUUCUAUUUUGGAAGCAGUGUUGUGCCAUUUAUCACUGACAGCAACACUUAAGUUUCAGUUUCUACAGCCUGACCAGUGGACUGAUCUUUAACAGUGUAGUAUCUAAUGUGCAUAUGAAUGUUUUUCUUUUGUAAGGUAAAAUAGUCACUUUUUUUGUCACCAACUUUUUUGACCAGAUCUCUCUCAAUCUAGGGAACAUUUUUUAGAGAGGAUGGGUUUAGAGGGAUUCGAAGUCCAUUUUGAAUGUAUUUGUUUCUCAGUGUUCCCUAACCUCCUCAAUGUCAUUUCUAGAUCCCAUUCAUUUUCUGCACCACCCCUUCCCCAUAGGCUUAAGUGUCUACCCAUUGCUCCUAAAUUUAAAAGGCCAAAGCUGGAGUUUUAAUAAUAUAAUUCCUGAUAAUACAGCUCAGUGUCAUUUUCCUAUUUUUAAACCUGCUUUACAUGCCUAAUAUUCUAUGGUUCACUUCAACCUGACAGUUUGUAUUUGCUUUGUAUUUCUCCCCCUACCACAGCAAUUGAAUUUUAUCCCUUGUUUUUUAUUCCAUUGAGUUUUACUCUGCUUUUGACAGGUGGUUUUGAGCCAUUUACAUUCAGUUUGUCUUAUGAGUUGAUAACUCUACCAUAUUUCACAUUUCCAGAUUUUAAAUAGAAGAUGGUAUAGCUUAAAAUCUGCCUUGAUACAUAUUUUACACUGGUCCUAGGCAAAACCACUGAAGAAACAAGUGUUUUCUUCCUUUUUACUACUUGCAUGUAUGUAUGAUCACUAGCACUUGAACACUCCUACUGGUAUAAUUCAGAUCAUUCUUCUAGCUUGUUGCUGAGGAUGUCCCAAAUUAAGAUGGGAUCAAACCUGGUUUUCUAAUGGUUUUCCUUCCUCUAGAAGGCCAACGGCAAAAAAUAAAUUCGUGUAAUAUGACUUGCAUUUAUGUGCACUUCUGCAUAGGUUUCCUAGUAAAGUUGUGAUGUUGCUACUUUCCCUAUUUUCCAUGUAUACAAAUUUAAACAUCUUACUGGGAAAGACUGCAAAGCUUUCAAAAUUAUAAACAGGUUUGUGUUGUUUUUAAGUAAGUUUGACAUAUUCAACAAAGGAAUACUUCUGCAGAAUUUUCUAAAAUAACUUUUCAUAUAAUUUGGAACUUGUAGCCAAGGAUCCUCAAAACUCAAAACACUGUAAGUUUCAUCUUAGGAUGGUGCUUGGUACAUCAAAGAGGAAUAGUCUAGUAGCAGGAGAGAAAUGUCUCAUCAGUUUGUUUUGGAUGUCAGGAAAAGAUAGCAUUAAACUUGUAACAGAUAUGACCAGCAUCAUAGGAGAGAAAUGUUCAUUGUAUAGCAUAAGAUACCAUUACUUGAAUGUUCUCAGGGAGGCAGUAUUACAAAAUGCCUAGGUUCUAGUCCUGGCUCCAUCAUUUACCAACUGUGUGACCUUACUUCACCUCUGAGCCUUGUUCUCCUCACUAGUAAUAGGCAUCCUAACACUGACCCUGCCUAUCUCACAGGGAUGUUGUGAGGGCUUAAUUAGUAUAUGUGAAAGUUUUCCAAAUUGUAAACUGCUAUGUAACUCUAAGGAAUUGCUAAUGUAUUUGUUCCAAGAUCAGGAAUAAAAAAUUGAAAUUAA